AUGGUUCAAUUAAAGAACAAGUUACCUUGCAUUUUAGCUGCCAUUACUCUUGUUUUAACUGCAGCAGAGGCAGCUUCUGCUUCAGUACGAGGUGUUGCCCCAGAAAAAUACGAGUUAUAUAAAGCCUCCAGUGAUGGCACAUGGACUUGUUUAGACGGUUCUAAAAUUAUUUCGCAUAGCGCCAUUAACGAUGACUAUUGCGAUUGUGUUGAUGGUUCCGAUGAGCCAGGCACCUCUGCCUGUCCCAAUGGUUUGUUCUAUUGUGCCAAUGUAGGCCAUAUUCCUUCCACUAUCAAGUCUUAUGCGGUGAACGACGGUGUAUGCGAUGAAGCCUGUUGUGACGGUUCUGAUGAAAACGGAGGCUUGAUUACCUGCCCCGACCGCUGCAAGGCAGUCGGUGAAGCCUACCGCCGAGAUCAAUCCAGUCUCCAGCAAUCUACAUUGGCCGGCCUCGCCGCCAAAGAAAAGCUGAUUGAAGAGGCCGAGAACCAAGUGACUUUGUGGGAGGAACAACAGAUCAAGUUGGAAGAUGAAAUCAUUCUUAAGAAAUCCAAUGUGCUUCGUUUACAACGCGAGUUGAAGGCUUUGGAAGCUGCACGUACUACAAAGAAAAAGACAAAGUGUCAAUCAAAUGUGUUGGAGAUUGAUACAUUGAAACACGAUAUCACCAUCUUAUUAAAGGAGUUGGAGAGUUUAAAGAGUAUCUUGGGUGAUAUGAAGCGUGACCAUAACCAUAAUUUCCAUGAUAUGGCUGUAAAGAGUGCUAUUGCUGGCUAUGAUGAUUUCAUGAAUCGUUAUGAAGGAAUCAAGGAAAGCAUCAAUGAUGACGUUGCCAAUAUCAAUGUUCAGGAACCUGAGGAACAAGAGGAAGAAGAAGAAGAAGAACCUACAAUUGAAGAGGAAACGAUCGAUUCUAAAGAAGAAGGUAAGCACUCUUUUGCUAUGACUAUUGUUGAAAAAUUGGAAUCAAUUCUUCCCGAUGUCUUGAAAAAGAGUCUGUUGGAUAAAUUGGUCCCAAUUGUAAAAAACGAUAAUAAAAAAGCAAUCCCACAUAGUGGUAUUAGUAAUGAAGCAGACGUGGAAAAUGCUCGUAAAUUAUACGAAGCCGCCGACUCCGAAGUGGAUCAAUUGACCGCAGAGUUACAAAAGAUCAAGGACGACUUAGCUAUUGACUAUGGUACUCAAAGAGAGUGGUUAAAACUCAAGGAUGUCUGUGUCGAAAAAGACGAGGGAGAGUAG